AUGGCAAAUUCAAGAUUGUCUUAUUACUUCCUCUUAAGCUUUGUGGUUGCUUUGGCCAUUGGUCUAUUAUGUGAAGCCAUUGAUGAUGAUGAAGAAAGAAAGGUAUUUAUCGUUUACAUGGGAAGUCUUCCCGAAGAUAAAGGAUACAAAGCCAAGUCCCACCAUAUUAGAAUGCUUCAAGCUUUAGGCAAAGACAAAAUUACCGGCACAAUGGAGGAAACGUUGGUGAGAAGUUACACAAGAAGUUUUAACGGUUUUGUUGCGCGUCUUACCUCACGAGAGGCAAGAAAGUUGGAAAACAUGGAAGAGGUUGUCUCCGUAUUUGAAAGUCGUCUAUAUCAUACACAAACAACAAAAUCAUGGGACUACUUAGGUUUCUCUCAAGAUGUUCUUCGAAAUCCACCGGUUGAGAGCGACAUCAUAAUCGGCUCCAUUGAUAGCGGUAUAACACCAGAGUCUGAGAGUUUCUCUGACCAAGGUUUAGACAAUAUUCCCAUGAAAUGGAAAGGUGUUUGUGAGGGCGGCAAAAAUUUCACUUGCAACAAGAAGCUCAUCGGGGCAAAGUCCUAUACACAAGAGAGUGCGAGGGAUUAUUCAGGUCAUGGAACUCACACGGCUUCCACGGCAGCUGGAAGGGAAGUGCCAAACACUAGUUUUUUUGGCUUAGCAAAUGGAACUGCUAGAGGAGCUGUACCAGGAGCUAGAAUAGCCGCGUACAAAGUGUGUAACCUCGAAAGUUGUGAAGGUCAAGCUAUGCUAGCCGCAUUCGAUGAUGCCAUUGCUGAUGGUGUCGACAUUAUCACGAUCUCAAUAGGAAUUGGCGUACCCUCAAACUUGAGCAUAGAUGUUAUCUCAAUCGGCUCCUUUCAUGCAAUGGAGAAAGGUAUUUUAACCGUACAAUCUGGUGGAAAUAAUGGAAAUGACGGGUUAGGAUCAGUGACAAGUAUUGCACCAUGGUUGUUCACUGUGGCUGCAAGUAGUAUCGACAUAAAGAUCAUCAAUAAGCUUGUUCUUAGAAAUCAACAUACACUCAUUAGUACCGCAUUGAAUUCUUUUCCCACGAGCAUUAACAACAUAAGCUUGGUGUAUGGAAGAAUAAUCAGCUCCAAUUGUAGCGAAUCAGAUGCAAGGAAAUGCAAUCCUGAAUGCGUAGACCCUUCAUUAGUUAAGGGAAAGAUUGUAGUAUGUGAUGCCCUCGACGAUUCAGGUGCCAUGACCGUGGUGACCGAAUCCGGAGCAGCCGGGGUUAUUCUUUCAAUAAGAACAAAUAAUUCUGCUUCUUUUAAUGUACCUUUGCCAUCAGCACUUUUGUAUGACUCUGAUUUUUCUUAUGUUCUAUCUUACCUCAACUCCACAAGGUUUCCGCUUGCACGCAUAACAAAAAGUGAGAUUGUUCCCCUUGAGAAAGCUCCCGCGGUAGCUGAUUUUUCAGGAAGAGGCCCUAACAAAAUCUUACCACAAAUUUUCAAGCCUGAUAUAACCGCACCUGGCAUUGAUAUUCUAGCUGCAUAUUCUCCUUUCAGCGGACUUUCAGACUACACUGAUGACGACAAAAGACGCUCGAAGUUUAGCAUCAUAUCAGGAACUUCCAUGGCAUGUCCUCAUGUUGCUGGUGCGGCUGCUUAUUUGAAAUCAAUGCAUCCUCUUUGGUCUCCUUCUGCUAUUAAAUCCGCUCUUAUGACCACCGCUACUCCAAUGAAUGUAUCAUAUAAUGUUGAUUCUGAACUUGGCUAUGGAGCUGGCCAAAUCGAUCCCUUGAAGGCCUUGCAUCCCGGACUUGUGUACGAAACUUUUGUACACGAUUAUAUUAACAUGUUUUGUAGUCUAGGAUCUGAAGGAGACAAAUUAUUAAAAAUAUUCAGAAUAAAAAAAAGUUGUCCUAAAGGGAACCUAACAUCUCUAAAGGAUCUCAAUUAUCCAUCAAUGGUAGCCCCUGUGGACAAAGACUCGGCUUUCAACAUCCAGUUCUCGAGAAUAGUGAAAAAUGUUGGUCGACUUCCUAACUCCACAUAUCAUGCACAGAUUACCACUGGGGAUAGUGCAAUUCAUGUUAGCGUUGAGCCAAGUAUUCUAUCUUUUACACAAUUCAGGGAAACAAAAUCUUUUGUCCUGACGGUUAGUGGACAAUGGUUGAACCAAGACCAUAUUUCUUGUUCUUUGGUGUGGUCUGAUGGAACUUAUAGAGUCAGGAGUCCCAUUCUCUUGUAUAGAAAUUCAAUUGUUUGAUUCAUGAAAGGAUGACCCUACAAACUAUGCUUCAUAAUAAAAGAUUAAUUUGACUGUUGAGUC